AGUAUCCCUGCGGUGGCUGUGGCGAGAAUGUCGAAGAGGACAACCAGGCUAUCCUCUGCGAGUACGGCUGUUCCGCGUGGUUUCAUCUUUCAUGCACGGCAUUAACCUCUGAUGCGUACGAUCACUUGGCGGAGUUUGAGGAGGGCGCCUGGAUGUGCCGGGACUGCUUCAGACAGAACAUUCACCCGAAAGAAUCCCCGAGGAAACCCGCCUCCCCGCGUAAAGCGAUCGCCGCACUCCCAGUCAAGCAAGAUAUAGCAGAACAAGACCAUGACUCGAAUGUGACUGACGACGAAGGUGCACAAGCACCACCCAGAGAUCAGAUCAAAACAGAUGCAGAUGAUUCUGUGGCAGCACAAGGCAUGGAUGGUAUUAUGACAGUGCACGCGACAGAUGGUUGUGUGAUAGAGCGGGGGAGGGACACAAUCAAUGGACAAGCGGUGGGUGGGCAGGCUGUGGAGAUGAAACACACGCCACAGAACAGUACUAUAGUCGAACCCGCGCCGAGUUUAACUCACGGCCAAUCAGAAGUCAGAACGUCUAUCCAGCAAAUGGAUGGGGGCAAUAGCGGCCCUCCUUCAACUCAGGCCGUCGAUAAUGCCCCACAAGCAAGCACGAACCUCAAUGUGAGCACACACCAACCCAAAAUUCACACAACAGGUCAGCCCACGCACCCAUCGGCGGCCUUGGAUGAACAUACGCCUGCCGCAGUUGGGGAGGAGACUCAACCGUUUGUCAGGAGCGAGCCAACGCAGUUUGCAACGGAUGUACACCAGGUGCCACAGACACAGCCACAGCAACCAGGGUCUCUGAUAGGAGACUCGACUAACCCUGCACAACCCAUGAAUGCAAUUGCGCACGGCACAGCCGGUACAAUGCAUACUGACACGCUACAGCCGGUUGCCAUGGCUGUAGCUGCACAACCCGACGCCGCACCAGUUUCAGUCAAUACCUCAGAGUCAGCAGAAAGGGCCGAAGUCAGGCAGCAGCCUGGAACCAUCCAAGUCUCACAGCCACAGCAAUCGGGACAGAGUGCACCGCAGCACUCCCCAUCCUGGCCCACCCAACCCACCCCACCAUAG